UCCAACCCAAGGACUUUGGAUGGGGUGGGAGGCCUAGAUCAGCUGGGGUUUGGGAGUGAGCCAGGAGCCAGAUCCUGCUGAAUGGAGAUGUCCCUUUAAUGCUGGCCUGGAUCCCAUGCAUGGCUGUUCUGCCUCCUGUUCAGCUGCGGCUGAAGCUGCCUGCUGACUCACGCACUAGUGACCAGCAGGAACGGGGAACAUGGCUUCUGCCGCGGCGGCAGCACUCAUGGGCUGGGGGUUUCUGGAUUACAAGACAGAGAAGUAUGUGAUGACCAGAAACUGCCGGGUGGGUGUCUCUCAGAGGCUGCUGCAGCUGGGAGUGGUGGCCUACGUGAUAGGGUGGGCCCUCGUGGCCAAAAAAGGCUACCAGGAAUGGGACGUGGACCCCCACAUUUCUGUCAUCACUAAACUCAAAGGGGUUUCCGUAACCCAGAUUAAGGAACUGGAGAACCGGCUAUGGGAUGUGGCUGACUUCGUGAAGCCAUCACAGCACCCUUCCGUUCCUCUGGCUAACUGCUGGGAAGACAAGGACUGCCCUGAAGGAGAGACAGGAACACACAGCCAUGGCAUAAAAACGGGUCAGUGUGUGGUGUUCAACGGAACCCACAGGACCUGUGAGAUCUGGAGCUGGUGCCCGGUGGAGAGUGGUGCUGUGCCCAGGAAGCCCCUGCUAGUUCAGGCCAAGAACUUCACACUUUUCAAAAACACUAUCACCUUCAGCAAGUUCAACUUCUCCAAAACCAAUGCCUUAGAUACCUGGGACAGCACCUAUUUCAAGCAUUGUCGCUAUGAUCCUCAUUCCAGCCCAUACUGUCCAGUGUUCCGCAGGGACCUUGUGGCCAUGGCUGGAGGGGACUUUGAGGACUUGGCAUUGCUGGGUGGCGCUGUGGGCAUCAGCAUCCACUGGGACUGCAACCUGGACAUGAGGGCUUCUGACUGCUGUCCCCAGUACUCCUUCCAGCUGCAGCAGAGAGGGUACAACUUCAGGACAGCCAAUCACUGGUGGGAAGCCUCGGGUGUGGAGGCCCGGAGCCUGCUCAAGCUCUAUGGGAUCCGCUUUGACAUUCUUGUCACUGGGAAGGCAGGGAAGUUUGCACUCAUCCCGACGGCCGUCACAGUGGGCACAGGAGCAGCUUGGCUGGGCAUGGUCACCUUCCUCUGUGACCUGCUGCUACUGUAUGUGGAUAGAGAAGCCGGUUUCUACUGGAGGACCAAGUAUGAAGAAGCAAAAGCUCCAAAGGCAACCAUCAACACUGCAUAGACGGAGCUGGCUUCCACACCUGCAAAGCCUGCUGCCGGGUGUCUCAGUAGUGACUUGCACCUGCCCAGUGUCUGUCGCUGAUGGGAUCCAGA